UGUCGGGAUAGCGGAGGACCGUGCUAAGUCCUCCGACACUAAGAUGGCGGCGGUCGCCUCUAAGCCCAAUUUCGCCGUUGUCUGUUCUUUCCUAGAGCGCUAUGGCGCCUCGCUGGAACUGCCCGAAUUCACCUUCCCCGAGCUGGAAGAAGCGCUGGAAAACAAGAAAUCUGUUCCUCAACCAUUGGUGGACCUUCACCUGAAGCUAAUGAGGAAGAUUGGCAAGUCUGUAAGCUUUGAUCGAUGGGAAAAGUAUCUUCUCAGGAUUUGCUUGGAAUACAAUAAUACUUGGGCCUGGGAGAUGGAAAAAAUUGGAUAUACAGAGAUGGACGCUGAAUGCAAACUUGGUCUCUUAAAGUAUCUCUGUGAAUGCCAGUUUGAUGACAAUUUGAAAUUCAAGAAUGCGCUGAAUGAGGAGGAGCCAGAUGCUAUGCGCAUCCAUCCAAUUGGGCGUGAUAAGGAUGGCCUAAUGUACUGGUACCAACUGGACCAAGAGUUCAAUGUCCGACUGUACACAGAAGAACAAGAUGACCAAGACGGUACUUCAUGGAGGCUUAUCGUAAGGGACCGAAAUGAGUUGGCUGAAACACUGCAACUCCUGAAAGCUCAAAUAGAUCCAGCACUAUUAAGCAAGUUUAUCCAAGAAGAUGGCUCCUCUCAUACAAGCCCUACACCAGAAGAUGAAGAGAAUAAGAAAGAAAUUGAAGAACAUUUGGAAGAAGAAAUAAAAAUGGAAGAGACGAUAGAAAGGCAGCAGAAGGAGCCUGAUGUUACCACACAGUUAAAUCCAACAUCUCCACCCAACACUACUUCUCCAGAAAGUGAGGCAAAAGUAAAGACAGUCAAAAAAGUGAAAAUCGAAAAUGACUCAAAGACAGAGCAGACCAUUAAGAUAGAGCAGCCUGCAUUGGAAAAAACUGAUGUGAAAAUUGAAGAUACUAAAGUGGCUAUAGAAAACCACCUUGAGAAAAUUAAUAGGCCAACUGAAGGAGAAAACGUAGCUGUUAAAGUACAAGUGGUCAGCCUGAAAGACUCUGGUGAUGCCAAAAGUUGUGCUGAUAAGUUGGCAGCUGUAGACCGUGAAAAGUCAGGAAUUAACAUCAAGGUAGAACCUUCUGAUGAUGCCAAAGAAAAGUCCUCUGAGGAGUUUGAGAGGGCCUUGAAAAAUGUUAAACAGGCGAAACUCCCCGUGAAAAAACGUGAAAUUAAACUGACUGAGGACUAUGACAACUCUGUGAAGUGUCUCCUCACCAAGUCUAUGACCCCUGUCAGAGAGCCACUGAAGGAAGGACUGAAAGUGGAAAGCGAUGCCGUGAAGCAGAUACCGGAUGAAAAGAUGGAGGGAAAGCAGCUUGUGAAUGGUGAGGUAGCUGCUGGACCCCAGGUGAACAACCACAAAAAUGAAGAGAGAGGUAUGGAGGCUUCUGCUUCAGUGAAGGUUGAGCAGAAGAAGAACAAGGAGCCUGAACCCUCGUAUUCAACUAAAGAAGAGGAAAAUGGCAUCAAUGGGUCAAGCAAGCCAGACUCUGAUUUGCCUACGAACCUUAAUCAGGAGAAUCACAUGAACAGAAGCACAGUUGAGAUGAAUCAGAACUGCCUAGUAAAGGAAAAAGCUGCAGAUCAGAAUCUUCCCAAGCUGGAGAAGCCGACUGAGGAAGUAAGAUCAAAAUGUGAGGGCGGGAAGGGGGAUUCUUCAAAGAGUUCCCUCAGCACCAAGCUGCCUGACAAAGGAAUGCCUGACACACAAACAGCAAGUGUUACUACCGUGGGAGAGAAACAUACAGAAAAGCUCCCUGUGAGGAGAACAAGAGCGUCAUUGAGGCAGCAGAUGACAGAGAAGACUCCAGAGGAAGAAGCACCCCAGAAGGUUGAGCAGGUGGAACAGAAACAGGAGACAGAACCUAAUGGGACAAGGUGCUUAAGGAGGUCACUGAGAAUAUCCAAACCUACGGUGAAAGUGACAGAAAACCUAGAGAAGAAAGCAAGUAAGCGGGAAGAGCCAGCAAUACCUCCAAGUCCAAAUAGAGAUGAGAACCAUAAAAAGGUGGAGAAAGAUUCAAAAGGAGCAAAGCGCAAGAGUAAAUCCAGCAGGAGAGCCAGGUGGACCAAAUCGAGGGGCAGGCGCAGACCCCAAGAAUCGAGUGGAGAGAGUGAGAGCUCGCAGGAAGACAAUGAACGCAGUGAAGAGGAGGAGGAGGAAGAGGAGGAAGGUCCUCUAGAGGAUGAUGAGCCUUGUAAAAAAUGUGGUUUAUCCAAUCACCCUGAACUGAUUCUGUUAUGUGAUUCCUGUGAUAGUGGAUAUCAUACGGCUUGUCUACGACCUCCAUUGAUGACGAUCCCUGAUGGAGAAUGGUUCUGCCCACCCUGCCAACAUAAACUUCUGUGUGAAAAAUUAGAAGAACAGUUGCAAAAUAUAGACGUGAUGAUAAAAAAGAAGGAAAGAGCAGAGAGAAGGAAAGAGAGGCUGGCCUUUGUGGGAAUUAAUGUGGAAAAUAUCAUUGCUCCAAAAGAUUCAGUAACUGAAGAACAAGAAGUAAAAGAUUACAAAUCCUUGGAAAGGCGGUCGGGUAGGACACGGAGAUCUAUUAAUUACAGGUUUGAUGAGUUUGAUGAUGCAAUUGAUGAAGCAAUACAUGAAGACAUACAGGAAGCAGAGGGCAAAGGUGCUGGACGAGGCAAAGAUAUGGCAAAUAUCACUGGAAAGUCCCUAGGGAAAGAUAUCUCUACAAUACUCGCAGGGUCUAAAGACAACAAGCGACCAAUACGUGAAGCUGCCUGCAGACGUAAGAAAAGGCGAAGACUUAAUGAUCUUGACAGUGAUAGCACACUUGAAGAUGAUGAGAGUGAGGAGGAGUUCAAGAUAAGCGAAAGCAGUGAAGAAGAGUUUGAGAUCUCUGACAGAGAUAGUGAGGCAGACCCUGCCUCAAAUGACGACGAGGGUUUUGAGGUUCGGCGAGGGAGGCACCGGAAAUGCGUGGAGCCAAUGAGGAGGAGUUGGCGGUUGAGAGGAAGACAAGUCAAGAGAUACUCUGAGGAUGAGGACGAUGAAGAAGAACAUGGAGAGAGUGAAGGGUCAAGUUGUUACAGUGACAUAUUAGAUAUGAGGAGGAGGCGAUCAAAGCGGAACCAGGCUAAAAAAGUGAACUACAGGGAAGAUUCUGAAUCUGAAAAAUCUAUGAAAAGCGGCGCAAGUAGAAAGGAAAGACUAAGGGGACGAAAACGUAGACUGUACAUUACAGCAAGCGAUGAGAGUUCCAGAAGCAGAAGUUCAGAUGAAGAGCAGGAAGAUGUACGACCACAACGGAAACGCCUGAACAGGAUCGAGGAUGAGGAUGAGGAGGAGGACAAUGACGAAGAUGAGGAUGAAGACGAGCCAGCGCUGACCAGCAGGUUCCGUGGCAGACCCGCCCGGGAUUACAGCAAGAAGUACCGGCUGAUGAGUGAUGAAGAGGAGGAGGAGCUGGAGGAGGUAGGGAAGGAGGCCAGCUCUUUGGACUGCAGCCUGGUGGUAUUACCCUCCACCAAUGGACAGAGUGCGGGGCAGGCUCCGGAAAACGUAAUCAGCAGAGCCAGUGAGAAGAACCAAAUGGCCAAGGACACUAACCCCACUCCCAGCCCAGCGUUGAAUGGAGCCUGUGAAGCUAUGGCCUCUGAAGCGGGAGUGGAGGCAGGAGGUGAUGGAGGGGAGGAAGAAGAAGAUGACCUCUUGGGAGUAACUGACCUUGUAGAAUAUGUUUGUAAUAAUGAACAAAUAUAAGAACUCUUUUUACACUAGUUCAAAUAAUUUA